UGGCCAAGCACUGUCCCUCUGUUCCAGCUCCUCCUUACUGCCUCUCCCCGUUUCCGGAUGGGCCCUGGCCCCCAGCCCUUAUCUCCUCCAGCCCCUGGGCUGUUUGCAGAGAGCAGCUAUAAAGAGGCUGACAGAGCACAGAGUGGAGGAGAAAUACAAGGUGCAGGAAAACAGCAGCACUGCUUGACUCACCACGACCUGCUCUGCACCAUGGGGAAGGACAAGCUGCCCAGCAAACCAAACAUCUUCCUCCUUCUUCUCUUCUUCCUUCCUGGAAAUACUCCUCUCAACACAGAACCGCAGUACAUGGUGCUGGUGCCUUUUAUGAUACACACGGAAUCUCAUGAGAAAAUCUGCAUUCAGCUGACCCACCUGAACGAGUCGGUGACGCUGAGUGCCACCCUCGAGCAUCAAGGGGAGAACAGGAGCCUGAUUGAUGAUGUGGUGUCAGAGAAAGACSUGUUCACCUGCAUCCCUUUCUCUCUUCCAAAAUCCAACAGCACAUCAGUGGCAUUUCUCAUGGUGACGGUGACAGGGGACACACURCAGUUCAAGAGCCGCAAGUCAGUGCUGGUCAAGAAUUCUGAAAGCUUGGUCUUCGUCCAGACAGACAAACCCAUUUACAAGCCUGGACAGACAGUUCAGUUUCGGAUCAUCUCUCUGGACACAGACUUCUACCCACUGARUGAGAAGUUUCCAUUUGUCUACAUUCAGGAUCCCCAGAGGAACCGUGUGUACCAGUGGCAAGGGGUGCAACUCGAAACAGGCUUUACACAGCUCUCCUUUCCUCUCACCUCGGACCCCAUCCAAGGCUCCUACAAAAUAGUYGUGCAGAAGAGCUUCUCAUCCCAUGUGGAGCACUCCUUCAGCGUGGAGGAAUUUGUGCUGCCCAGGUUCGAGGUCCUGGUGAAGGUGCCAAAGAUGAUCACUAUUAAGGACAACGAGCUUCCCGUGUCUGUCUGUGGUCUGUACACCUAUGGGAAGCCUGUUCCUGGUUUGGUGAAUGUCCGAGUAUGCCGGAAAUUUUCCCAGUCUGCUUCAAGCUGUUAUGGAAAAGAAGCAGAAUCUGUGUGUGAAGAAUUCACUAGGCAGGCAGAUGCUCGUGGGUGUGUUUYUGGUGUGGUGAGGACCAAGGUGUUUCAGCUCCUACGCAAAGGAUAUGAGAUGAGCAUUGAGGUACAAGGCAAAAUCACAGAAGAUGGCACAGGAAUAGAGAUGACUGGAACAGGUUCCUGUGGAAUCACAUCCACCAUGAGCAAAGUCCGCUUUGACCUGCUGGACCACUUGUACAAGCCAGGGAUCCCACUCUUCGGGAGGGUGAAGCUGGUUGAUGGCACUGAUGCUCCAAUUGCCAAUGAAACCAUAACAAUUGCUGUGGGUGGAAACAAAUUCAAGGAGAAUUACACUACAGAUGAGGAGGGACAAUCCUGGUUUUCCAUAGACACUACCAGCUUCACGGAACUCUCCCUGGAAAUCCGAGCAGACCAUAAGCCUGAACUGAACUGUUAUGACAGUGACUGGAUGACACCAUCCUAUGAGCAUGCCACGCGCAGAGUAACCCGGUCUUACUCCAGCAGUAAGAGCUUCCUCAAAAUUGAACCAAAGGCUGAGACAUUAAGUUGUGGCUCCUCAGCAGAGGUGCCAGUGCACUAUAUCUUCACACCAGAGGCCAUAGGGGAGCAGAAGAAAAUCGUCAUUUAUUUUUUGGUGAUGGCCAAGGGACAAAUCAUUUUAUCUGACACCCUUGAUCUGACUGUGAAUCCUGGAGAUGCUUAUGGGACAUUUCGGUUGAGCUUCUCUGUUGGGGCAGCAAUUGCUCCUGUGGCACAGGUGCUUGUGUACACCAUUUCACCCAGUGGGGAAGUCAUCGCCAGUUCAGAAGAUUUCCAGGUUGAAAUGUGCCUCCCGAAUAAAGUGAAAUUGAGUUUUGCACCCAAGGAAGGUCUUCCUGCUUCCAACACACACCUGCAACUCCACACCUCUCCGAGAUCCCUGUGUGCUCUCCGUGCAGUGGACAAGAGUGUUCUCCUUAUGAAGCCUGAAAACGAGCUUUCUCCCAGCUCUUUGUAUCAACUUCUCCCACUGAAGGAAAGCCAGGGUUAUAGCUUCAGGGACUACUAUCUGGAAGAAGACAACGUAAAUCCAUGUGUGUCGCUUGACAAUCUGUCAUUAAAUGGAUUUCUCUACAUACCCAUUUCUUCUGACGGCGAAGGUGACGCCUAUGACAUUUUCAAAGAAUUGGGCUUAAAAGUCUUCACUAGCAGCAAGAUCCAUAAGCCUGAACUCUGCGAGCAUUACCCAGAACACAUGAUGGAAAGGAGUUACAGUGGUUCUAUCUCUGCAAUGAAUCUGCAUGGAGAAAUGARUUAUGACAUGGUAGAAGAUAUGGUUGAUGGCAAUUCUAUGGAGACUGUCCGGAAGUACUUCCCUGAGACAUGGAUCUGGGACAUAGUUUCAGUGAACCCUGAGGGAAAAGCUGAUCUAAAAGUGACCAUCCCUGACACCAUCACUGAGUGGAAAGCCAAUGCAUUCUGCACUUCAGCAGACACAGGCUUUGGCCUGUCCCCGACAGUGUCCCUGAGAGCCUUCCAGCCCUUCUUUGUGGAGCUCACCAUGCCCUACUCUGUAGUGCGUGGGGAGUCCUUCACRCUGAAAGCCACYGUUUUCAACUACCUGCCCGCCUGCAUCAGGGUCAGUGUGUCUCUGGCUGAAUCCACUCAUUUCCUGGCUUUACCAGUGGGGAUACAGGAAGAAUCCUACUGCAUCUGCGUGAAUGAAAGAAAAACUGUUGCUUGGGCAGUAACACCAAGAUCUCUAGGGCAGGUGGAGUUCUCAGUGACCACUGAGGCCCUACAGAACCAGCAGCCCUGCGGGAACUCCGUUGUGGAGACCCCUAAGAAAGGGCGGAAGGACACGGUCAUCAGACAGCUGCUGGUKGAGCCGGAAGGGACUGAGAUGGAAACCACGUACAAUUCUGUGCUCUGUGCAUCUGAAGAGUCAGUGUCAGAUACCGUCUCCUUGGUUGUCCCAGAAACUGUGGUGGAUGGCUCAGCCAGAGCAUAUUUCUCAGUGCUAGGUGACAUCAUGGGCACGGCCAUGCAGAACCUGCACCAGCUCCUCCAGAUGCCCUUUGGCUGUGGGGAACAGAACAUGGUCCUGUUUGCACCCAACAUCUACGUCCUGGACUAUCUGAACAAGACAGGGCAGCUGAGUGAGGAGRUCAAAUCCAAGGCCACUGGAUACUUAGUGAGCGGGUAUCAAAGACAAUUGAAGUACAAACACCGGGAUGGUUCUUAUAGCACCUUUGGGCCACGUUAUGGGCAAGUUGGAAAUACCUGGCUCACWGCCUUUGUCCUCAAGUCCUUUGCCCAGGCCCGGCCUCACAUCUUCAUAGAGGAGAAGCACAUCCASGAUGCUUUGAACUGGCUUACUCAAAAGCAGAAGGARAAUGGCUGUUUCCGCAGCUCUGGGACACUCCUGAACAAUGCUAUGAAGGGUGGAGUCAAUGACGAGGUCACACUGGCAGCCUACAUCACUAUUGCUCUGCUGGAGAUUCCUCUGCCUGUAACCCACUCGGUGGUGCGGAAUGCUCUGUUCUGCCUGGAAACAGCAGCAAAUCAGCAGGAAAACCAUGUGUACACCAAGGCACUGCUGGCUUAUACAAGCCUGAGGUACAACGUGCAGCCCACGCAGGAUGAGGUGCCCUUCAUGCUUCAUGUGUACACAGUCCCAGAGACGUGUGUGGACUCCACGGCUCACAAGGUCUUUGACAUUGGCAUCAAUGUCAGUUACGCUGGGGAGCGCAAUGUCUCCAACAUGGUGAUUGUUGAUGUGAAGAUGUUGUCGGGAUUCAUCCCCCUGAAGUCCUCAGUGAAGAAGCUCUCAAACACAAGGUUUCACCAGAUCCAGCGAACAGAAGUGAACACAAACCAUGUUUUGCUGUACAUCGAGCAGCUGGGCAGGGAGACCCUCAGCUUCUCCUUCACGGUGGAGCGGGACAUCCUCGUGCGGGGCCUGAAGCCAGCCCAGGUGAAGGUCUAUGACUACUACGAGACAGAUGAGUUUGCCACACAGGAGUACAGUGCUCCCUGCACCACAGAGGAAGUAGACCAGGGAAAUGAGUGAAGAACACUCCCAGAUGCUGGAACCCGCCUGCCUUACCACCACCACCACGGCAUGACAGAUGAAUAAUGCCAGCAAGGAAUGGAAAAUGAACUUUACAAAUAAAUUAACUGUACUCACCAAUGAUUUUUGAACAAUUUGUUCCCAAUUCUGGAUUUUCCUGCUCAUCUUUCAGUCACAGCUUUAAUGUCCCUGGUUUCUUAAUUUAAAGAGAAACCCAUCUAACAAUUCCUGUGUGCAGGAAAAUAAGGCUAACAAGUGAGGAAAAAAAAGAGGACAUAAUGAUUUCAGUGGGGGUCAGCCUUUCUAAUGUAUCUCUCUCUGUGUUAUGUUCUCUGAAUUAAUCAUCUGAGAUGCAGUCUAACCAAUGGAGAAGGACAGGUACUUCUUGGGAACAAUUUCCCUCCCCUGGCUUACAAACCAUAACCUCRAUUGAAUUGGUCUCUGCAGAGACCUAUCCAUGUCUCCCACCAACAGGCAGCCUGGAAGAUCAAUUAAUGUUAAUGAAUUUCAGCCCCUGUGAUCUUCCCUGCACACACCCUCCAGGGUUUGCUCCUCAUUGGUAGAAGAAUGGGAGGAGACACAAUCUGCCCUCUUKCUAAGAUUAGAGAGUGUCUGGGGAGCAGAAGGGAUGGGUCCAUGCRUUCUGCCUUCAGCUGCUGAUUUACAGUGGCUUGUUCUCCUGCUGAAGCUUGGGCCUUCUUGUGGAAGCUUCCAUUCUCUUGUGCCUGCUGCUUCUGGGAGAUUCCCAGGGAGAAGCUAAUGGCAUUUGCCAGUAACCUACCUGCCUAAGUCCAGUUUAAAUGGUGCAUUCAUUUAAAUCAUGCAGUUGCUCUGAUGAAACUGUCUAUAGGCCUCUUGGAUGUCUCCAGGAAUGAUCCCCUUUUCUUGGUUUUGUCUCAUGAAUUUCUAGUUUUAACAUUUGAAUGCAAAAAGAUCUUAUGUGACUGUUUAUUCUCAUGAAAUGCUUAUUGUUAGGUAUCAUGACAUAUUGUGCAUCCCAAGUWUGCACAGCUAGCUGUUCCAUCCAAUUUUUGCUUUAGUGUGCCUGUACAAACAGUGUUAUUGAGAACAAAUAAAAUUCUUCAUCUAUUUUGCUAGAUAUUAAUAUUAUGUCACUUUGU